UCUGCGGCCAGGGAGGGUCCGGGCUCCGAGCUCCGGCCUCUGGAGGCCGAGGCCGCGGCGGGCUCUCGGGGCCCGGAGGAGCGGAGCAGCUCCCGCGCGGCCUGCCUACGCGCUGGACAAAGUGGGGGCGCCGCCCGGUGGGUGCUGGGCGCGGGCGCGCAGGCUGGCGGCCCCCCUGCGGCCCCCUCCCCUGCCUCGCGGGUCAGCGGCGCGUGGGUGAGCGAGGGUUCAAGAGCCACGGUGGCCUCUGCCUCCUCAACCGGCAGCAGGGGCUCCGUCCCGCGGCACAAAGGCUGCUGUCAGUGCCGUCCCCCUUGGGGACCACACACAGGUCGCCAAGAGCCUGAGAAACUGGUCCCGACGCAGGAAAACAGUUUCGAUGCGGCAUCGUUCCUGACUCCUUAGGGAAAAAGGAGAAGCCCUUUAAACAAUUGUUACCUGCUUUCUUCCUGGGAGUUGAUUGCCUUUGAAGAAUCAUGAAGUCCCACUCCGUUGUUAUGCUUUCUCUAGCCAUUCUGGUGUUCCUGACUUGGAUCCCUGAGUCACUGAGCUGUAACAAAGCACUCUGUGCUAGUGAUGUGAGCAAAUGCCUCAUUCAGGAGCUCUGCCAGUGCCGACCUGGAGAAGGGAACUGUUCCUGCUGUAAGGAGUGUAUGUUAUGUCUUGGGACCCUUUGGGAUGAGUGUUGUGAUUGCGUUGGUAUGUGUAAUCCUAGAAACUAUAGUGACACACCUCCAACCUCAAAGAGCACAGUGGAGGAGCUUCACGAGCCAAUCCCUUCUCUCUUCCGGGCACUCACAGAAGGAGACACUCAGUUGAACUGGAACAUUGUUUCCUUCCCUGUUGCAGAAGAACUCUCACAUCAUGAGAAUCUGGUUUCAUUUUUAGAAACUGUGAACCAGCCACACCAUCAAAAUGUGUCUGUUCCUAGCAAUAAUGUUCACGCACCUUACUCCAGUGACAAAGAACACAUGUGUACUGUGGUUUAUUUUGACGACUGCAUGUCCAUACAUCAGUGUAAAAUAUCCUGCGAAUCCAUGGGAGCAUCCAAAUACCGCUGGUUCCACAACGCCUGCUGUGAGUGCAUUGGUCCAGAAUGCAUCGACUAUGGUAGUAAAACUGUCAAAUGUAUGAACUGCAUGUUCUAAAGAAGAAGAAUGCAAACCAAAGCAAUCUAAUCAACAAGAAAGAUAUGAGAAGCUAUUCAGUGAGGUCUACUGGUUCCACCAGCAUGCCACCUUGUUAAGAAGAUACAAAGAAUUUGGACAGAGUUAAAGUAUGACAAAUCCAGUAAUGUGUCAAAUUAUAAUUAUAACUGCUCUGGUUGAGCAAUAAGGCAAUAAGCCCUUUCCUCUUAAAUACUUUUACAACUUUGAUUAUAUGAGAAGCAAGUACACAGAGAAUUCCUUGAAAGAUCUAAGGUUUUUGACAUAAAACCUGAUGUCAUUUUUUUCCUUUGCAUUCAAAAAGCCUUUGGUUUUGAAAGCGUUAGAGCAGGUUAACAUAAGUUACAGUUUCUUCAUUUACUACUUACUCCUGGGACACUGAGUUUGUCCAGUCAUACACCAGUCUUCAUUCACGGUGCCUUGUCUCGUUUAUCUCUCCUAUAAAUAGAGUUGGUAGUCCAGCAUAUCACCCUGAGAACUCACAUAAAAAUCACCAUUAAAAGGUUAAUUUCAAGCCUCGGAAUGUGGGUUUUAGAAAGUAAAUGCUUACUACAUGUUACAAUUUAAAACUCUUACAUAGGGACACCUGGGUGGCUUAGUCAGUUAAGCGUCCGACUUCGGCUCAGGUCAUGAUCUCAU